AGAAAAUAGCACUCUCUUUAGUUGUUUUCUGGUCUCUUACGGAACCUAUUUUCUUAGGAAGGAAACUUAAUAAGACAUAUAUUGAACUGAAUGACAAAAAAAAAUUAUUUCGUAUCUUAUUUUUAUAUAAUGUUCAAAGUACACAGAAUAAUUGAAUGUUUCUAUUCGUGAAAAUACAUUUCUGUCUCAUAGAACUCAAUUUUUCUUUAUUAUAUUAUUACUAAGCUAUAUACUAAAUUGCUGGAGUAAUUUUUUCUCUUUGACAUGCUUAUUAUGUUUUGUAGAUUACUAAUCAGAAGAAUUAUAAUCAUAAACACUGUGUAGAUGCUUAAAAACACACAUCUAUAUAUGCAUUAGUUGAUUUAUAUAUGAAUUAUAAUCAUAAACACUGUGUAGAUGCUUAAAAACACUGUGUAUAUAUACAAGCUCAACACUUUAGUUCAUAUGUACCUAACGCAAAUUACACCAUUGACCUAGAUCCACUCCAUUUGCGCUCUCUAUAUAUAGAUCCACUCUGCCAAGUAUUCAUUCACACAAAAAACACACAACAACAUCCAAAAAAUAAACGGCUGAACAUUGAAAUAUUAAUUAAGCUCCAACAUUAUAAAUCAAUUAUACGAAAUGGCUCGCGUAAGGAUCUCCAUUUCGAUUAUUUGCUUAUUGAUUUUAAUUGUAGGUUUUGUCUCGCAAUCUUGUGAAGCUAGAAAGGUUCUAAUGCCUUAUGGUGCAAGCAAGGGAUUGUUUCUUAGCGCCCUACCAAAGGGCAAUGUCCCACCUUCAGCUCCAAGCGACAAGGGUCACACUUCUCCGCCAGAGGAUUAUUCCGAUCAUCAUACGGUUCCAGAAAUCUCGCCAGAGAUUUACCGUCGACUAGGAUCGGUCCCUAGCCCCGGCGUCGGUAAUUAGGCACAUUGAUUACCGACAUUUAUAUAUUAUUUUCGACUUCGUUUCAUCAUAUUAUCAUAUAUAUUGUACGUCGUCUUAUAGUGAAGUCUGUGUGUGUGUCUGUGUAUUAUAUGGUACUGACUACUGAAAUAGAUGUAUUUGCGUGUGUAAUCCAUAAUUAAUUGAGUACUAAAAAUCACUAUUUACAGUAAAUUUAUUGUCUUUUUGUGUGUUUAGCAUAUGGUACUUAUGAAUAUGUAGGCAACAACAUGCAGCUCUUCUUUUCGCGAUGAAUAAGACAAAAAUUGAGAAAAUUAUUGUAUAUGAAUUAUGUAUUUUUAAAACAUGGCCAAGGCCAGACCUGAAAGAUAUUCGGCCACCAAGCAAAAAGUAUUUUUUGGCCCUUUAUCUUUUUUAAAAAAAUAUUACAGUUUAAUGAAUUGAACUUUGCACUUUGACUAUAUAUCCUGAGAUAGUAAGGUCUUUACCAGUAAAGCUAUGUAAAUUUUAUGAUAAUAUUGACCCCCUAAAUAUAUAAAUCUUGUCUGGCCUCAAAACACAUACUUUAUCUGCUUUAUUCAGGCACGGUUCUUGGCCAGCGGUUAAAUACUUAAAUAUCGAAGUAAUUAUUUUAUUCAAUAAUUAUAAUAAAAAUGAAAAGAGAAAGAAAGACCAUGAAAAAGACAUGUACAAUAAAGCGUUUGGAGAGGAUCUUAAAAGUUUUAUAUCAAGAUAUUUUUGAAAAUUUAUUGCUUUUUAAAAAUAACUCUGUAUAAGAACACAACAAAAUCAAUUUGUUUAGCGCAUUUUAUAUCAAUUAGUCUAUUACAAUAGUUGUAGCCGUAUUAUGUUUUCAUUUCUGGUAAGCUAAUAGUUUAGCGCAUUUUAUAAACUUAAACAACUCCAACGACUAUAUCAAUUAGUUUAUUACAAUAGAUUUUAGAGAGACUUGUAUAGAUCAACCAGCGGUAUAGUCCAAUGGUGCUUGAAAGAAAAUAAAAAUUCAGUACAGUAAAAUCUUGGUUCGAUUCCCGUUGACCACCUAGACUAUCUUAAAUGAUGAAAAUAUAUGGAAUGCUAUGUGUUUCGUGGGACUAAUCGGUUAACCUUGAUCGCCGAAUUUUCACAGUUAUCCAAAAAAAACAUGUCUCUCUCGAUCAUACAUUAUCAAAGAAAACAUUCUGGAUCAUAAUCAUUUGAGACGAUGUACUAUAUAUGUUGCGUACUUAAAUUUACACCAGGAAGGAAGCUAAUAGUUAUAAGCCCCCUACAACUUUAUAAGUCGAUAGUAAUAAUAAUUCAAAAGCUUCUAUUUGGCACUUUUGUAGCAAAGUUGAUGAAUUGACAAUAACCUAUAAUUAUUUGUGUGUUUUACGAGAGACGUCUUCCUCUGUCCUGUUGACGUUAUAUCUUCUAUGAAUAGAUUCAGAGUUUAAGACAAAAGAGAAGAAAAAAGCGCAAAAUGAAAAUAGACAUGCAAUAAUAUAAGGAACACCAUUAUUGCUCAUCUCCGGGAUUAUACUAUUUAUGGACUAACUUUUUGUCACGAAGCUUCUUCUCCCACUUUCCUUUUUUGCAUUUUCUUAAUAAGUUUAACUAACCAACUAGUAAGAUGGAGCCGCCUUUGCACAUUCAAUGCAUGUUAUAUAUGUAUCUUAAAAUCAGCACUUAAAUUACACAAUAUUUAAAUCUGAGUCUUGUGACAAAAAAAAAUAUCAGUUUCUUUUUUGAUAUACCCAAUCGGCUUACAUAUCCCGUUUGAGAAGCAAACCGUAUGAUCUUCAUACAUAACAUCAUGUCAGAUAAACGUUGCUUCAAAUUUGAAAGAAUCUGUGUUUCUGAUUCUUUUUUCUUUUUUUGAAAAAAGUGUGUUUCUGAUUUUGACUUGAUAA